AUGCAGACGACAAAAGCCAAGCCGACUACACUGACAACUAGCGCCAAGCCGUCACAGCAACCUGGAGGCGACCGGUGUCAGGACCAGCUUGAGAAGGAUAAUAAGCUGUUCCGGCUGCGCACGCACAUCUCGGGCAAAGGCAGUACUGAGUUUGAGAACCUUUACGUCGAGGAGGCCAAGUACGACGGGCCCAACGCGGUGCCCACGCUCUCGUACGAUCGUCCCAAGGGGGGCAAGUUCUUCUUCGAUGUGGAUACGACGUCGGUGUUGCUGUCGCACGAGCAGUGCAAGUACUCGGGAGUGACAAUGUACCGCGACAGCGAUCAAGACGCGUACUCGUCGGUGUUCAUCAGCAAGGAUGUCGGCACGCACCGCAUGCGGGUGACGUGGGGCUCCUUCUGGUGGGAUAACGACCGGUUCGACGGGUGGGUGGUGUGUCGAGCGAGCGGCAAAGGUGGCAAGCGCUACGAGCUCAAGUGGCACGACGCCAUCAACAGCAUGCCCAUCGACACGUCCAAGUGCGCAAAGGUCGACCUACUUACCGAGAGUGUGUAG